GCUGACCUCACACUGCCCAGCCCCAAACAGAAAAAGCGAACACCGCAGAAAACAUCGCCCCAGAAGCGCAGGCGGGAACCAGACGUUGGGUCAGAGAGGAGGAACCCGUCCCGCAAGGCUCGUCCUCCCGAGAACUUUGCAGUUGAGGAAAGGAGCGAGCCGGCUAUGCGGAGAAGCCACAGGGAGGUGGACAUCAAGAGGUUGAUGGAGGUGGAUGAGGAUUGCGUUGGCGUGAAGCGGAGAAAGAUAAUGGGCCAGUUUUCCAGGAGGAGUUCGUAUGUUGUGAAGUCCGUGGAAGAGAUCACCGAAGAGGAUCUGGACAACAUAGCAUACCGUGCCAAAGAUAAGAUCUGGGACAAAGACAACGGCAGCUCCUGCCACCAGUGCAGGCAAAAGACUAUGGACACCAAAACGGUGUGUCGCAGCGGAUUCUGUGGAGGGGGCAAAGGCCAGUUCUGUGGACCGUGCCUAAAGAACAGAUACGGAGAGGACGUGCGAACCGUGCUGCUCGACCCGACAUGGUCGUGUCCCAUUUGCCGGGGAGUGUGCAAUUGCAGUCUGUGUCGUAAGAAGGAGGGCCGCUGUGCCACAGGUAUCCUUGUGGGUUUAGCCCGUUACAAUGGCCAUGACAACGUCCACAAGUAUCUGGAAAGUAUUCAGAAGGAGCUGCAGUGAUGUGGAGGAAAGUGGACAGCCGGCACUGGAGUGGGUUCUGGUUCUCCAAAGGGGCUCCAGAUGUUGUUUUACUGCACAUAAAGGCGUUAGAUCAAAUAUUUUUUCAUACUUUUAAAAAAAGUCACUGUAAAGUUGAGCACCUUUACAUGUUCUUGACUUGUAUAUUCGUUUUGUAAAGGCCCAUAGAGAGGUAGAGAUACUUUUAUUGUUUGAGUUUCCAUAUUUUUAGGAAUAAUAUUUUGUCUGAUGUUUGUGUUUUGGGAAUCGUUCUAAACAAACUAGUUUUUAAAAGUUGGAAACUUUUGCCCCACUGUUAAUAAAGUAUAUGAUUAAACAAAUUUUUUAUCACAGAUAUUUUUUGUGAAGCUUUUCAUUUGCCAAAAUGUUUUUUGUUUCUUUUUCUAUUUUGGACCAAUAGAACAUUUGGAAAAGAGAAGUUAGAACUGUUUUCAAGGUUUUCUACUUCUGUCAUCAAUCACCUCUAACAAUACUUAUUCAUGAAAGUAAAUAUGUUUCUCAUUUUAAUUUCAAAUCAGGCCACCCCAGAUCAGAUUUGGGACUUCUAACCCAUUCAGUGCUGAAUUGUACAUUUAUUUGCUAAAAUACACUUAAAAUACCUGGACAUUUGGGGAUAUAUUGCCUUUUAAAUCGGAAAUAUAACAUUAACUGAUUAAUAUAUUUUAGAAUAUCAGGAAGAACUGUGGAAUAAAGUCCAUUUAUACUGUAAAAACUGCUGAUUGUUUUUGCUCUUUUCCCCCUUAAGCAUCUUAAUAAAGGCAAAAUGUUUGUAUUUUUUUGUUUCAAAUGUUUAUAUCCUCUUAAAGUAAUAAUAAAGGCUUUUUUUUUGCACUUUCA